GCCUUCCUUUGUCCAAGCCCAGCCUCUUCUUCCUGUGAUGUCAUAUUACAAAUCUAGGAAGCCUUUCUUGCUCUCUUCAGAGACAGCCCAUCUCACAAUACAGCUGGCAACCUCGGAAAGGCCUCCUUCAGCAAGAGCUAACACGCUUUGGAAUUUAUCCGGGAACCUUUAAAAGACUCUGCCUACCGCCACCUGGAAUCAAUGCAGAAAUACCAAAACAGAAUAAAAAGAAAGAAGUGCCAGAGGACGACGGACUGGAACUAUCAAAACUCCGAAGUAAGACUGAUAACUUAUGCCUAAACAUUCUGAACACAUUUUAAUUUUGGAAUAUUCACUUUGGCUACUUAAGUACAAUUUUACACAAGGACUGCCGUGUCCAACUUGAAACACAGCUUUUCCUUACGUUUGUGGCUCUAUGGGUUGGCUUCCUUGACUGCAUUUUCUGCCAGUUUCUGGACUCAUGGAUUUUCUGGAGACUAGAAAAGGAGACUAUUGUCUUGAAGAAUCUACUAGAAACUUUUAAGCAACACGUUUCAUGUUUCCUUUGAAGAUUUCAGAGAAGAAAAUAUUUAUAAGAACACGAAAAGAAGCAAAUAAUUUGCAAAUAAACUGGCUGUUGCUGUGACCGUAUCUGAAUAUCCACACCACAUCUGAAUACCAAAGACGCCUGCUGCAGACAAAAGGACUCCCUGUUUGCUGUACUGCCUGACAAUGGUAAGCUCCAACGGCUCCCACUGCCCUUACGAUGACUCCUUUAAGUACUCUUUGUACGGGUGCAUGUUCAGCAUGGUGUUUGUGCUUGGGCUGAUAUCCAAUUGUGUUGCUAUAUAUAUUUUCAUCUGUGCCCUCAAAGUGAGGAAUGAAACGACAACGUACAUGAUUAACCUGGCAAUGUCAGACUUGCUUUUCGUCUUUACUUUACCAUUUCGGAUUUUUUACUUUGCAACACGGAAUUGGCCAUUUGGAGAUCUUCUCUGUAAGAUUUCAGUAAUGCUGUUUUACACCAACAUGUACGGAAGCAUUCUGUUCUUAACCUGUAUCAGUGUAGAUCGAUUUCUGGCAAUCGUCUACCCAUUUAGGUCGAAGACUUUAAGAACUAAACGAAAUGCAAAGAUUGUUUGCAUUGCUGUGUGGUUCACAGUGCUGGGAGGAAGUGCACCCGCAGUUUUCUUCCAGUCGACCCACGCUCAGGGUAACAGUACCUCAGAAGCCUGCUUUGAGAACUUCCCGGCAGCCACAUGGAAAACCUAUCUCUCCAGGAUUGUGAUUUUCAUUGAAACAGUGGGGUUCUUUAUCCCCUUAAUUUUGAACGUAACUUGUUCUAGUAUGGUGCUAAGAACUUUAAAUAAACCUGUUACAUUAAGUAGAAGCAAAAUGAACAAAACAAAAGUUUUAAAAAUGAUUUUUGUACACUUGGUCAUAUUCUGUUUCUGUUUUGUGCCCUAUAACAUCAAUCUUAUUUUAUACUCUCUCAUGAGAACCCAGACGUUUGUUAACUGCUCUGUGAUAGCUGCAGUGAGGACAAUGUACCCGAUCACUCUCUGCAUCGCUGUCUCCAACUGCUGCUUUGACCCCAUUGUUUACUACUUCACUUCAGACACAAUUCAGAAUUCGAUAAAAAUGAAAAACUGGUCUGUUAGAAGAAGUGACUCCAGGUUCUCUGAAGUGCAGGGCACCGAGAACUUUAUCCAACACAACCUACAAACCUUAAAAAGUAAGAUAUUUGAUAGUGAAUCUGCCAUCUAAGCUGCCCGACUAAACCACUGGGACUGCUCCGUGUUCAACUGUGAAAACUGCUCUUGGAACUUUUCUCUAGCUCCAAAAGAAAAUCAACGUCUGGACGGUUACAUGGUUUAAGAACGUCUGUGUCUGAUGUGUUAAACAUUAAACUAUAUUCUAUUCUUGUA